GUCCGCUCUCUCCUCCGACUGCCGCCAACUCCGCCCCCGCGCGCCCUAACUUUUGCCCUCAAAUCGCAGGCCGGAGCGGGGGCCAACCCGCUGACCGACCGCUUCAGGUCGCCGGAGACCGGGGUGUCCCCGUGGAUAGCACACAUCGAGGCCGCCGUCACCAGUUCGGGGCCGUGCAGCGCGGCGCUCGGCGGUCUGAUGGGCAGGGCUGCGCCCGGAAGGAGGGGCCGCCGGGAUCCCCGUUCUACAGCCGGUGUCGGGGCUCGACCUCAAGGCCUUGGCUUCCUCCAAGCAAGCACAGGAAAUCUGGGCGGCAUCACUGAUGAUGUGGAUUGUGACGCGGGCGACGGAUUUGCUUAUCUCGUAGCUGCUGCUGGGAUUGGAGCUGGUGAGAGCAUCAGAGAGUCGCUAGAUAUGUUGAAGGCGAAUUUUCAUGAAGCCGAAUCUCCUGAUGUGAAGCCUGUGUGGCAGGACACGCCAUCGCAGACAGUUGAUGGUGCUGAGGAGGUUACGCAGAAACACAACGCACAAGCGCAGCUGGAUAAGUAUGCGGAGGAACAUGGCACCAUCAUUGCUCAACACCAGCAGAAGUUUCGUAGGUACAGCAGGAGGAAAGCAUCGAAGGUGGGGAAUGUACAGGCUGCUGCUGCAGCUCACCCAGAUGAUCUUCCUGAUGAACCAUGUGCGGCCAAAAGGAAGGCUCCAUGGAACUCACCACAGGAGUCACCUGCCGCUGUGACACAACGUGUUUCACCUGCUGGUGCGACACCUCGACGUAGCCUCCGUGUUGCCGCGACCAGCUAUGCUACCACGACUUCUCACCAUUCUCCGUCUCCUGGGGAAAUGAGGCUUGUUAAGUGGCGCCAUACGUUGGACGAAACGUAUGUUCCCGACGCUGAUUCAGAUGUUGCGGUGGAGGAUGCUGGUGCAGCUAGUCAGCAUGUUGAUGACAAGCUUAUCACCAAUAAAAGGCAGAGAGUUGCUGCAGUUCCUAGUGCUUCAGAUGGGAAGAAUCCUGGCAACAAGAAGAAAGCAAGAGCGUUGGAGAGGCCACAUGGUCAGAAGAACAAGGCUGAAGCAGCGGAUGCCUCCACAGAUCGCUUCCAGCAAACUGUUCGCUGUUCUCUUGGAGAAGUUCGUGAGGCGGUCAAGCUGCUGCAGGAAUGUCACAGAGUGAAGGUCCGAGAAGCUGGAUUCGGAUGUGUGUUUGAUUGGGUUCUGGAGGGUAAUGUAUCCCGUGUCCUCAUUUGCCAUCUCAUGACGAAGAUUGAUACUUAUACGAUGAAGAUCCAAUGCGGGUCUGGUAAGAUUCUGGAUGUUAACAGAGAGGCAGUUCACCACGUUUUUGGAUUCCCCAUAGGAGGUGAUACAGCUCCAAGGCCCUCGGACAGCGGCCAUGGUGCUUCAUUGGCGAAGCUGAAGGAAGAACUUGGGUUUGAGAGGACUGGCAGCAUUCAGACCAAAGACCUUCGCAGCCUGCUAGCUAAAUUAGUUAAGGACGGGACAAAAAUUGAUUUAGCAGUGAAGGUUUUCUUUUCAAUACUGUAUAACAAACUUAUCUGUCCUGGGUCGACAGUUCGUCUCGGAAGGGAGGCUGCAAUGCUUGUUGAUAUGAACUACAAGAAGAUGGCUACAAUGGACUUCUGUCAGCUAGUUGUUGAUGAUUUGAAGCGAGCUGCUGAGAAGUAUCAGAAUUCAGAUGUCAACCAGGCUGGUCUUGAAGGAUGUGGCGUUAUUCUUGUAGUGAUGUAUCUGGACAGCUGCUACUCAGUCAAUCAUUCUGUCAUGCAUCGCCGGACUCCUCGCGCAAGUUUUUUGCACCAGAAACCUUUGAGAGACAUUUAUAACCUAGACCAGAUUAGGAGUGGUGGAAGUGAUCUGUCUGCAUACAUUUUUGGAAAGUUGGCGUGGAAGGGUCGUAACGACAUCGUGUACUCUUACCGGCUGCCUGUUGAAGAACUUUGGACUGGAUGCAGUGUUCCAAGCUCAGCCCGUUCUUCUGAACAUGUUGAUUCUGAUCAUGAACCUCUCACGAGGUCUCAGCCUGAAUUCUUGGUCACCCAGGCAUCAGUUUUGGAUACUGGUUCUACACCUCCAUCAACUUUGAAGAGCGGAGGGUCCAGGCCUAUUUCAGUCAUGAACAAGAUUGUACAGCUUCUGCAGAAAGUUGAGGACCUUUCGCGGUCUGCCCCGAGCAUUGAUGAUCGUCUGAGCCGGAUAUCUGGUCUUUUUCCUCCUGGGCAUGGGCCUAGCACUGAAGCUGUAAAGCAGGUGGCAGAUCAUGAAGCCAGUGUUCUUGAUAGCUUCACAACUGCUGUAUCGUAUUUGCGCAAAGGUUUUGUGGACCUAGGCAUGAAACAAGAUGCGGUAUGCAGGGAGUAUGAAAGAGAAGCUGUGAGCAUAGAAAGGCAGAUGAAGCAGCAACACGCUGACAAGGCAAAGGCUGUUGUUGUUACUGGGGAUGAUGACGAUGAUGAUUUCGUGCCCCGGGCAGCCUGCAAGUUUACCAGUAAGGAUGUUUCGAAGGAUGUCCCGGUCUCCCUCCCAUCCGUCAGCUAUGUUACCAGAUCCGGGCUGGUUCGAGGUGGAAUCCACAGAGAUAAAUUAACUCCUGGCCGCAAUGACUCCCCAAGUUCCAAGAAAUCUAGGAAGAUGAAGCGCAAGAUGAUUACUUAGCCUUGCACUUUGGAAGUGAAGAGGAGCGGGGAGGUGAGCACAUGGACAGGUGAAGUGAAGAAAACCAUGCAGAAACUCUUGGAUGGAUACAAUCAAGAGGUUCUCUUCGCUCAUAGAGAGAAAGUUGCAGCGAUGUUCAAGUUACAGAUUCUCAUGUAGUAGUGUCUCUUUCUCUCUUUUUUCCUGCAAUUUCUGAGUACUAAGUUUCCCGACUUGUAGUGAAAUUGUUAAGAACAAAUUUCUGUGCUAUUGUGUAUCGUGCAGAUUUCUGUCCCGUGCUAUUUUUACAUGCGCUUUUCUGUAUUCC